CUGUUGCAGGUGAGGAUUUUUUUUCCUAUAUAUACACCCGCGGGGCCGAAGUAACAAGAAAAAACGAUCGCCGCGCGGGGGGAUACUAGCAGAGAGCGCACGAACGAAGCGAAAACACGCGAGGCGAUCGAGGAGAAGGGAUCAAGGGAAGGGAAGGGAAGGAAGGCAAGUGGUUGUGUGUGCUUGUCAGGGGCGCCACCGGACGGGCGGUGCGGCAGGCAGAGCGCGGCGGGCGGGAUGGGGGUCUACGAGCUCGUCCGGAGCGACGAAUCCGCGGGCCCCGCCGCGGAUCUGGAGGCCGGCGGCCGGCGCUCCCCCUCGCCGCCGAAGGGCUCUCCGGCGGCAUCGUCGCGGCAGCGGCUCGUCUCGCUCGACGUCUUCCGAGGGAUCACCGUACUGCUUAUGAUCAUCGUGGACGACGCUGGAUCAUUUCUUCCGGCAAUGAACCACUCCCCAUGGGAAGGUGUGACAAUAGCCGAUUUCGUCAUGCCCUUUUUCCUUUUCAUCGUUGGGGUCGCUCUAGCUCUGGCGUACAAGAGAGUACCGGACAAAUUGGAGGCAACUGGAAAGGCGACACUUCGUGCACUGAAGCUGUUCUGUGUUGGUCUUGUUCUCCAAGGUGGAUUUUUUCAUGGUGUUCGUAGCCUGACAUUUGGGGUUGAUGUUACGCAAAUACGUUUUAUGGGUAUACUGCAGAGAAUCGCAAUAGCUUAUCUUCUCACCGCAUUAUGUGAGAUUUGGCUCAAGGGAGACAAUGAUGUAGAUUCUGGAUUUGAUUUGAUCAAGAGAUACAGAUAUCAACUAUUCGCAGGCUUGCUAAUUACAGUCACCUACAUGGUCCUCUUGUAUGGCACCUACGUUCCUGACUGGGAGUAUCAGAUAUCCGGACCUGGUUCCACACAGAAAACCUUCUCUGUAACAUGCGGUGUAAGAGGGGACUCUGGGCCUGGUUGCAACGCGGUUGGCAUGAUUGACCGCAAAAUCUUAGGCAUCCAGCAUCUCUACGGCCGACCAGUUUACGCGCGAUCGAAGCAAUGUAGCAUAGAUUCACCGCAAAAUGGGCCACUUCCACCUGACGCUCCUUCAUGGUGCCAGGCACCUUUUGAUCCCGAGGGGCUUCUCAGUUCUGUGAUGGCCAUUGUGACCUGCUUGAUCGGCCUCCAAUACGGGCACAUAAUUGUACAUUUUCAGAAACACAGGGAAAGAAUCAUGCACUGGCUUCUCCCUUCCUUCGGCAUGCUAGUACUGGCCUUCGCAAUGGACUUCUUUGGAAUGCGUAUGAAUAAACCACUGUACACUGUAAGUUACACUCUGGCCACGGCCGGUGCGGCAGGGCUCCUCUUCGCCGGGAUCUACACCCUGGUCGACCUGUACGGGUUGCGGCGGCCGACCCUCGCCAUGGAGUGGAUGGGGAUGCACGCGCUGAUGAUAUUUGUCCUUCUCGCGUGCAACAUCCUGCCCAUCUUCCUCCAUGGCUUCUACUGGGGAGAGCCCAAGAACAACCUUUUGAAGUUCAUUGGGAUUAGGGCAUGAGCAAAUGGUGGAUCGAGCUAGGAGACACAUAUAGAGAUAUUUAGGACCCGAUUUGCACAGAGAUUGCGAGAGAUGGAUGCAGGCCUAGUUUUGCUAUAGGGCCAGAGCUUCAUCAUCUGUGCAGCUGCCUGCGAAGAGGAAGUACAGUUGUUUCAGUUGCCCAGGUUGUUUUCUCUGACAGCUCUUUGUAUAUGGUAAAGAAGCAUUUGUGUAUAUGAUAACAAUGCAUUCAAAAGAAAUAUACGGAGUAGUACAGUACAUAUAUCUA